AGUAGUAGUAGUAGUAGUAGUAGUAGUAGUAGUAGCAGCAGCAGCAGUAGUAGUAGUAGUAGUAGUAGUAGUAGUAGUAGUAGUAGUAGUAGUAUUACUAUUGGUGGUGUUAGUGGUGGUAGUGGUGAUGUCGACAAUUUUGUUACUGUUGCUAUUACAAUUUUUAACAUCUUCAUCUCAAUCAUUUCGUCAUCAUCACCACUCACUGCUCAGUGGUACUCAAGGUCAGUCAUCUCUCCACCACCACCACCACUCAGCCCCCGUCACCACAACAGUCUCUGCGGGAUAGAAUUAGUGAAGACAAUUAUAAGGAUGAAGCAAUGCCUCCUCAGUGCGAAGUGUCCAUCCAUUGUGAGAAGCAACGACAAUAAUAAUGAUAAUAACAACAGCAGCAGCAGUAGAAAUGGUAAUAGUAAUAGAAACAGCAAGCUCAACAACAACAACAACAACAGCAACAGCAGCAGCAGCAGCAACAAUAGUAGUAGUAGUAGUAGUAGUAGUAGUAGUAGUAGUAGUAGUAGUAGUAGUAGUAGUAGUAGUAGUAGUGGUAGUAGUAGUAAUAGUAGUAGCAGUAGUAGAAGUAGUAGUAGUAGUAACAAUGAUGAUGAUGAUAAGAAUAAUAGUAAUACAUAAUGAGUUUCAUCAAUCACACUUGUGGGUGGCAAACGGGCACGGGACCUGCACCGCGGCGGAAGAGGCGGAAUAUUACCGGAAUAUACUGAAUCAAUAUGCAUGAACCAUCCGAAUAUUCCAUUGAAUAUAUGCAUGAAAUUGAAUAUUUUACGCGUAUACAAUUUUCCGGAAUAGAACUCCGGUUGAGAUUCUUCCUUUAGCUUUUGAGAUUUCUUGAGAUUUACGACUUGAGGUGCGAAUGUCACGACUCACAGGCAGCCUCCGUGUCUGGCACAGAGAGAACGUGCUCUGUGAUGCGCCGGUGGGUCGUGGGGUGGGCGGGAGGCAACACGUGCAGCACACUUCAAUCCUGGACUGCCUUUACUCUCCGUGCUGGCCUGACGACAGCGGCUCUGGGGUCGCUCACUCUCACUCGCUCUCUCUCCUACAGGUCCACUGCACGGGGGAGCGACAGCAGCUGACCCGGCCCCUCUUGUAGACCCGCCAGCUGAUCCUGA